AUGGCUGACACACAGCAGUCUCAAGAGAAAAAAUCCUCUCUCAAAAACCUUGAACAGAAAACAAUCGACACGUUUCGCCGCUUGAAAACAGCUGUGCAACGCUACAGUAAAGCCAUGACAGCUAUGAUAUACUUAGUGACUAACUUCUUUACGGGAAUUUUCUUUGCUAUCUUCGCUGUUUACGAGCGGGUGGUAUUACUAGUUAUUCGCAUUGUUGGCUGCGUUCAACAGAUCUUUCAUUUUGACUACAAAGGUUAUUUAAUGUGGUUGCUUACAAUGCCUGUGGCUUCUUACAACAAAUGCAAGGAACAAAUGAAGAAACAUCUGUGGAUGCCAAUUGCUAAAUCGCUAAAAAGAAGAGCUAAUCAAAUCACGCGCGCUACACGCACGAGGCUUCGUGCAAGUGCUGUGUACGUGAGAGGAUUUUGUGAAAUCUGCCGAAGACUCUUUCUUCUUGCCAGCGAUUACACUCCAGGAGGAAAGGUGACUGUUACAAUUUUUCUGGUGGUCAUAGCUAUUAUGCUGUUGCUAAAAUUCUUGACAGUUGUUCGAGUACUGAUGCAAAUAGUUCAGAUCAUGUACAGUGUUGUCGCAUUCCUUUUGCACCCUCUUCUUCUCACCUUAAAAGACAUCCUGUCAGUUUUUGAUCCUUUGUUUCAUAUCAUUUUAAACCUUAUACGAAUCACUGUUCACACAAUUCUUUCCAUGCUUAAAGAAACUGGAAGGUUCCUGUGGUUGAACAUCGUUUCAAUUUCCUCAGGGUUGUACAGAUGCUGGCACAGCUUUGCCAACUCCACAGUUGUAAGAUUUCUUUGGAACACUAUCUUGGCAAUAUUUUCAAAGACAGCAUACGUUCUACUGGAGAAAUUUGUCACGGUAUUUCUUCCUUUGACGUUAAAGAUAUCAUACUAUACGACAGCGCUUUGUCUUGACAUUUCAUCCGUGGUAUACGAAAAUUUCUUCGUGGUCACGGUGAAAGUAGAGGACAAGUUUGAAUAUCUCAGUCCAUCUGGAAUUGGAAGCUGUGUAUUUAUUUUAUGGGCUCUACUGAUUUCUUUUAGAUUUAGAAAUCGAUUAUCAGGAACAUUUUUUUCGGAAAUCGAUGAUAAAGAAUACGCUAUAACAUCAUCCACGGACGCUGCUGAUCGCGAUAGGAAUAGUUCAAGAAGAGGGAGGUCUUCUUACUCCCAGGAUUCGGCGAAAUACGACAGUUUACGAAGGAAGACGACUGGCAACGACUCCAGUGUUCGGUUCCGCGGUAAGACAAAAAGCAAUGAUCAGAAGGGGCCCGAAAAUGACGAUGGAACUGAAGGUAAGUUAGUGAAAAAUUUGAGUACGCGGAUGACCCUCUAUAGUCUCCAACACAGCUGUUUUUGUCUCGUCACGCAACGCCCGUAACGUAACAACUGCGCAGGAGACUUGUAACCCUCUCGAUCUGCAAUCAAGUAGCCUGGACAUAAUAUACUUUUCAUUUUAUUAUUCGGGCCCAUAGCAGGGGAAGGGACAGAAGGGGCAUUGGCUUAAGCCUGACAUACCCAUCCCCGCCCCCCGCAUUUUCGAUUGUGUAAAGCAAAUGAUUGGUCAAACAAUUUACAGUUAGUAGUCAGUUGGUCUGUCACCCCCCAAAAAAUAAACCGUUUACUACCUGUCGGUUUCCCUUAAUAGUAACAAAAGUACUCCUAUAUACUCAUGAUGUAAGUCUAGCGAAGCAGAUUUUAGUAAUCUCAACGAUGUCCCAUAAACCUGUCCUUUUUUCCCAAGUCGACGUUAUAGUCUGACACUUUGCCAGUGUCUGAUAUAAGUCUAAUUAUAAGCAUAGUUAAUGAAGUGGAAUGGUUAUGAAACCCAUCAGACUACUUUGUUGAUAUGUUUUUGCGGACCUAAAAGGGCACAACGUUCAAAAGUAUCCCUAUCAUUUCGAUCGUAUUGACCAAUAAAAACGUUGCAUUAAUUUAAAUCUGUCACAAUUUGCCAAAAAGAAAACAAAGGAAUGUGCACCUUCAGGAACCUUCCAACAUAAACUGCAGCAUUGUUGUUUUUAUAAUUGAUGUUUGACUCUUUUCAUAACCAGUCUCCUGUAAUAACUAUGGUCUUCGCAAGCCUUAUGACCUAUUUGAUAAUGUGUGUUUGUGUGUGUGUGUUUUUUCUGGACUGGGGUAGUUUUGCUUUGCCUCACCACCACCCCAAUUACUUUUGACCUAAAAGUUAAACUGGCAAGUCGUUUUAUAACAUGGUUUUGCAAACAUUUCACCAGCUUUCAUUGCUGAAUAUUUCUGCUAGUCAAGGCCACUUUGUAUAGGUCUCUACGGAGUUCGUUUUAGAAUUCACCUUUUCAGAAAGGUGAAAAUCUAAAUCACACAGAAUCAACAAAUGAAUAAAAAACUAAAAACUUCACCCCUUAACACGAAUGACUUUUUCUAUUCCUUUCUUGAAACGUCUUUUUUAUCUGAUUUCAAUUAUAGUAGUUAAGUGUACUACUGGGUAGGAAACUGCCCACCUACCCCUCCCUUAAUCCAGCAUUUUGCCCUAAGUGAGAAGCAAGUGUUAGUGUUGGCUCAGGGGAGGGGUAGGUGGGUAGUUUUCCAGAAACGUAUAAUGAUCUACUUCAUUUCAGGACAUAUCCACUACAGCUCGCAAGUUCAUAUCUGCCCUGACUUCAUCGCUGGCACGUGCCAUCAAGGAAGCAAGUGUGAAUCUCAUCACUGUCCCCUCCCUUACCACUGGCAGUAUCGCCUGUCCCUGGAGGGGUGGAAAAGUUUUACCAAAGAAGACAAUUGCAGGAUAGAAGAGUUAUUCUGCGACCCCAAGAACGAUGUUGUGUCAGCAGCUGACAUAGAUGUGGCAUUCAAGUCUUACAGCGGUGAGAGGUGAGUGGGAGAAACGGGUGUGGUUUCUUUAAGAGCUCUGUUGUUGUUUAAAUCUGGGUAGGCCUUACAAAGGUGAUACCCUGCUUCCUUACCCUAGUCUCUCUCUUAUUCCGUUAGUAAAAAGCAAAGGGACAAAAGCAAGGUUAGUGCACGGCCUUCUGUGCGAGGUUUCGAGCUCGAUUAGUAGGUGUGACCUCAAAUCCUUCUUUGUCUUUCCCGUUUAGCUUUAAGAAGCUUAAGUGAUCUUAAGUACCCUUAAAACGGAGCACUGAGGGAGAGAGAAAGGGGAGGGGGAAAAUAAGCGCAUCUUCGGCCUUCGGUUUGUCAGUCUAAUGAGUCCUGUCGGUUGACGAAGUCAAAAAACGACUUUUUGACUAUACCUUUCAUCAGUUUUUGGCCACAUUCACCACUACGUUAUACUGUUGGGUGUAAUCUCCUUGCUUUGUUACAUCAUUUCCUACAAGCAGAUCAUCAUCCAGGAACGAUGCAGUGAAAGUAGAUUUUAACAACAUGAGGAUAGAGAAAAGCUAUCACCGGGCGGACCUGAGAAGACUGUCUACAGAAUCGUACGUUAAACAGGAAGGCAAGAGUCUUAGCGCCCAGUGGCUGUGGUAUAGAAAAGAAGAAAGUGGUGACUGGAUCAAGUAUGGAGUGACGGUAAGAUGAAGUAAAUGGAAAAUGGAAGUUAUCCUAAGCAUAACUGCUGAAUUGUGAAAACAGUUCAGAUUUGCCCAGGAUCGAACGCUAAUGAGGUGCACGAUUCCUAAAUGGAAAAUGGAAGGUAUCCUUGCCAUAACUGUUAAGUUGUGAAAAAAGUUCAGAUUUGCCCAGGAUCGAACGCUAAUGAAGUGCACGAUUCCUAACAUUUGUUANGACUUUUUGACUAUACCUUUCAUCAGUUUUUGGCCACAUUCACCACUACGUUAUACUGUUGGGUGUAAUCUCCUUGCUUUGUUACAUCAUUUCCUACAAGCAGAUCAUCAUCCAGGAACGAUGCAGUGAAAGUAGAUUUUGACUACAUGAGGAUAGAGAAAAGCUAUCACCGGGCGGACCUGAGAAGACUGUCUACAGAAUCGUACGUUAAACAGGAAGGCAAAAGUCUUAGCACCCAGUGGCUGUGGUAUAGAAAAGAAGAAAGUGGUGACUGGAUCAAGUAUGGAGUGACGGUAAGAUGAAGUAAAUGGAAAAUGGAAGUUAUCCUUAGCAUAACUGCUGAAUUGUAAAAACAGUUCAGAUUUGCCCAGGAUCGAACGCUAAUGAGGUGCACGAUUCCUAAAUGGAAAAUGGAAGGUAUCCUUGCCAUAACUGCUAAGUUGUGAAAAAAGUUCAGAUUUGCCCAGGAUCGAACGCUAAUGAAGUACACGAUUCCUAACAUUUGUUAAGGCAAAAAAAAUCACAAAAAAUCAAAUUUCCUCUUUUUCAAUAGUUACAAAUAAUUACCAUGCAAAACCCCUGCUAAGGGGAUUUCGUCCACUGUAAAAGUUAGAUUUGGCAAAUAAUCUUGCCAUAAUCUGCUAUAGGACAUUUAAACCCAUGCCACAAUCAGGCGUGUCCGACAAAAUGACACGAAAAAACUUAGGGCUAGUAUGACAACCACUGACAACUUUUCAUUCCAUACCCUUUCUCACUGUACAUUUUUGUUAUACGAUGUAGUGUCCAUCAUUGCACCCACACUGUAAAUUGAUUGCCGUUGGUUGUAUUUCAGACUGGCGAAUCAGAUUUAAAGCAAGAAGACCUGGAGACCGCGUUCCUUCGUCGAGAGGGGAACUACACAUUUACCAGAAAUGGACAAGAGUUCCGCCUCCAGUUCUUCAUGAACCCGAUGUGUGAGAAAUCCUUCAGGCCGUACUCGAAGAAAACGGUCCGACGUCGCCCCGCAUACGAGUCACCAGAAGACAUAAAAAAGCUAUUAAGGGGCAAUGUCGAGAAGAAGUCAUGGUUCAGUUUAAGGAACUUAUUUCGAUGGCGCUAGGAAGUAGAUAAACUCUAGUCUUGUUUGUUUUCAUCAAUGCCCACUCGAGCACAUAGAUACUAUACUCUCUUAAUAUGCACUUGGAGGACGCACCUCACGGGCUGAGGACUGAGGAGGGCGCAUCACAAACCGUGAUCACGGUCUUCCGCUUUGUAAGCCUGAACUGAAGAUUACGUUUGGCUUGUUUGGGACUGUACUUCAAAAUGAAUUUUAAAUUUCAAGGAUAGCUCAUGUAGUCUGACUGAAACAUCCUACUUUAGAGACAUAAUUGUGUGACCUUCUUCUUAAACGUCUUUAGAGUCAUGAAUUUUGUAUAAUAGCUCACUUCUAAAUAUCGCUUAUUUGCCGGUGCAGUAUCAUUACAGGCAAUCGAGGCUUAUGGAGGAGGCACAUAAUUUUAGACUGCUGAACGCCGCUUCGUAAUGAUUUAUAUCGGUAAACUGAAGAAAUGUUUUCCUCAAAUGAAAUGCGAGAAUAAAUGAUAACUUGAAGACCA